GAGCCCGGGCCCUGUGCGCCGCGCAGGCGCAGUGCGUCCGACUCGCCAUGCCGACUGUCAGCGUGAAGCGCGAUCUGCUCUUCAAAGCCUUGGGUCGGACCUACACCGACGAAGAAUUUGAUGAGCUAUGUUUUGAAUUUGGUCUGGAACUUGAUGAAAUUACUUCUGAGAAGGAAAUCAUAAGUAAGGAACAAGGUGGUGAAAAGGCAAAGGGGGCUUCUGAUGUUGUUCUGUACAAAAUUGAUGUCCCUGCCAAUAGAUAUGAUCUCCUGUGUCUGGAAGGAUUGGUUCGAGGACUUCAAGUCUUCAAAGAAAGGAUAAAGGCUCCAGUGUAUAAACGGGUAAUGCCCAAUGGAGAAAUCCAGAAAUUGAUCAUCACCGAAGAGACAGCUAAAAUACGCCCUUAUGCUGUCGCAGCAGUUCUUCGAAAUAUAAAAUUUACUAAAGAUCGAUAUGACAGCUUCAUUGAACUGCAAGAGAAAUUACAUCAGAACAUUUGCAGGAAAAGAGCACUAGUUGCUAUUGGUACCCAUGAUUUGGACUCUUUAUCAGGCCCAUUUACCUAUACUGCAAAGCGACCUUCAGAUAUCAAAUUUAAGCCUCUAAAUAAGACCAAGGAGUAUACGGCCUGUGAACUGAUGAACAUAUACAAGACUGACAACCACCUUAAGCAUUAUUUACAUAUCAUUGAAAAUAAACCUCUGUACCCAGUUAUCUAUGAUAGCAAUGGUGUCGUCCUUUCAAUGCCGCCUAUUAUUAAUGGAAAUCACUCCAAAAUAACAGUAAAUACUAGAAAUAUAUUUAUUGAAUGCACAGGAACUGACUUUAACAAGGCAAAAAUAGUUCUUGAUAUUAUCGUCACCAUGUUCAGUGAAUAUUGUGAGAAUCCAUUUACGGUUGAAGCAGCUGAAGUAGUUUUCCCUAAUGGAAAAUCACAUACCUUCCCAGAACUGACUUACCGAAAGGAGGUGGUGAGAGCUGAUCUAAUUAACAAAAAAGUUGGAAUCAGAGAAACACCAGAAAAUAUUGCCAAGCUUCUGACCAGAAUGUAUUUAAAGUCAGAAGUGAUAGGCGAUGGGAAUCAGAUUGAGAUUGAAGUCCCUCCGACCAGAGCUGACGUUAUCCACUCCUGUGAUAUCGUGGAAGAUGCAGCUAUUGCUUAUGGAUAUAACAACAUUCAGAUGACUCUCCCGAAAACAUACACCAUAGCUAAUCAAUUUCCUCUUAAUAAGCUCACAGAACUUCUAAGACAUGACAUGGCAGCCGCUGGGUUCACUGAAGCGCUCACCUUUGCUCUGUGCUCCCAAGAAGACAUUGCUGAUAAGCUUGGUUUGGAUAUCUCUGCAACAAAGGCCGUCCACAUAAGUAAUCCUAAAACAGCUGAAUUUCAGGUGGCACGCACUACCCUGCUUCCCGGCCUCCUGAAGACCAUAGCGUCGAAUCGGAAGAUGCCCCUUCCUAUGAAACUGUUUGAAAUCUCUGACAUUGUAAUAAAAGAUUCUAGCAGAGAUGUCGGUGCAAGAAACUAUAGACAUCUCUGUGCUGUUUAUUACAACAAGAAUCCUGGGUUUGAGAUAAUCCAUGGGCUUCUGGACAGAAUCAUGCAGUUGCUUGAUGUGCCUCCUGGUGAAAAGAAGGGGGGAUAUGUGAUUAAAGCAUCAGAAGGUUCUGCUUUCUUCCCCGGGCGAUGUGCUGAGAUCUUUGCCAGGGGUCAAAGCAUCGGGAAGCUCGGGGUCCUGCACCCUGAUGUUAUCACCAAGUUUGAGCUGACCAUGCCCUGCUCCUCCCUGGAAAUCAAUAUCGAGCCCUUUUUGUGAAGAUGGAUCUCUGUUGUGUGACUCCCUGAGUGUCUCUUUCUCCUCUGCCGCUGUCCUCUAGUCGUCCCCCACAGGGAACAUCUAUUUGUGCUUUAAUGUUUGAUAAAGUAGAAAGCGCUGUCUGGGUCUGCGGGCAGAGCCACCCCUCUCCCGGCGUAAGGCCGGUGUG